UUGAUUUUUUUUUUUUUUUUUUUUUUUGUUGGUUUAUUAUGUCAUUUAUGUGUAUGAAAUUGUGCUGAAAAUGCAUGAAAGUAUUAUUUGCAUGUAAUUUUUUAAGAUGGUUGAUGUUAGGUUCUUUAACUUUUGUGCUCUUCUUGCAUGGAGUUGUUCACAGUAUUUUAUUUAUUGCAAGGUAUAAGAUUUAUUGUAUAAAAUAGAUGUAGAGUUUAUCAGUAUUCUUAUAAUCCAUCAAUCUUGCUUUUGUUGUGAAGUAUGAGAUAAAUUUAAGUUCUAUGUUGUUGACCGUUGUUAUUUAUUCUCUAAUGUGUCUGGAUAAAGUCAUACUGAUGCAUGUUACAUAGUUGACUAAUCAAAGGGAAGGCUGCUGGUGUUUUAUAGGGAGGGUUGUUUGCUGAGUCUAGAAUUAUGUAGUUUCAACUAUAAACAUGGCCCUGGUCUUGGUGCAUUCGUUUAAUGGUGUUUAAAUGAGAAGACCACCGGUACUGUUCCUUAUGAACAGUAGGACAGUGUCCUUCUGGAAUUACCCUCGGUUUUGUCCUUUUUCUCCUUUUCUUCUGUCCUUCUUUUCUCUCUCUUCUUCUUUACUCAUUCUGUCCUUCUUGUAACCUCUCCCCUACCUUUCACUUCAUCUUCUUCCUUCGUUCUCUCUCUUCUCUACCAUUAAUUAUUUUUUCAAAGAAUUCUUUGUUCUUAUUAAUGUGAGUUAUUAGCUUUAAUUCGAAGCAAGAAACUGUAAAAAUGGUGGGUUUUUUCUCUAAGUUUUCUAGCAGCAAAUCUGGGCACCGAAGAACGCAAAGCGCAAUUGAUGCAAGGGAGGUCUCAGCCCCGAUUCCAGAGGACACGGUGGCCGAGGUUGCACAGCCUCUUGCUCAUGGUAUAGAUGUAGGUGUAGAAUUUAAACCUGUUGAACAUCCAGUUGAGCCUCUUGACAAUGAUAAACCCGUCCAGUGCCCAUUGCCAGAACCUUCUAUUCUAAAUCUUAGCAAACCUACAAAAAUGGCGAUUGCUACUGGUUCAUCUUCAUUGUUGAAGACUCUUCUUAAUCCUAAGAAGAAUGUCUUGGCUGCUAUGCACAAGAGUUCCGUCGACCAUCGUCUUCGCAAAUAUGUGCAUUGGAUAAACUGUCACUUUGGUUGGUACUCAAUUGGCUGUUUGGGCAUUUCGGUUACUACAUUACAGUUGAUUGAACUUGAACAAUACCCAACUGGCCCUCGUAUUGCUUCUCUGAUGUUAUACAGUAGUGAUGCAGAUUACUGGUUACUGUCGGAUGGUGAUGUCAGCAUUACUGAUAUGUGGAGAACAGACUAUCCUUUCACUUUUUUUUACUUACGUUUCAUUUUGUUGUAUAAAAAAUAAUUUUGUCAAGUUUCUGAAGAAAGAAACAUGAACUUUGAUUCCCUAACUCAGUGAUAGCUGGAGUUGAAUGGAAUGAAUUAGGGACCAUCCACGAAGACUAUGCUGUGGCCAAUGUUGGCACAC